AUGUGGAUAAUUUCAGCACUGGAAUUGGACAUUUCUAAUGAACAACAGUCCACACCCAUAGACACCCGAACUCCCACCAUCAUCUUUCCAAAACAAGCCACUGUGAUUGUACAAAGUGACCGAUCUCUUGACCAGGCCAGACCACAUAGUCCAAGAACACGAGUGGCUAGAACUUCAUCCAGUGAGCCAAUCACCACAGUUGACAGUACAGGUAAUGUAAUCGACCUGGUGAAAGAUACACUGCCGGAGAUGGCGCUGUCAGAGGAAGACCGUAAGAAGAACUUGGAGCUUUUGGAGCAGGCGAAGAAAGCCAGCGACCGCUUCCUGACCCGCCGUGGCCGUCGCUCCAGCAGUAGUCUCACUGAUUCACCCACACGUCUUUCUCCAACCCCAACUCCAACUCCUACGUCUUCCCCCUGCUCCUCCAGAAGCAAUUCCCUCACUGUUGCUCCUCAAGCUAGCUUUAGCCCAGUUGAUCUUACCCAAGCAGGUCCUGUAUUUGCUGAGCAUCUGGAGGUUCCUUCACCAAGAGAGCAGCCAAGCACAACACAUGACAAUGAGGGAUCCCGACCACUGCUGGACUGGAAACCUGCAGAGAAGAGAAAAGUAUCGUCUGGGACAUUAUCUCCACGCUUUGUGCUUCCAAAAGAGAACUGUGAUCCACCAAAAAGCCCCGCCAUAGUCACCAAAUCCGACGGUGAGACCAGUCCGGGCCGAAACCUAAACCAACUGCCAGCCACGGGGGUUGCUAAGCCCGUCCCAAGACCCCCAACGCAGCAGGCCCCCUGUACAGCAGAGAUCAAAACCAUUGGAGCCUUCCCUCCUCUAAUGAGAGCUGUUUCCUGGGACACUGUGGGCAGUCUGAAGCCUUUAAAUGGUGGACCGAGUUUCCCCCCAACGCCAGAGGACACUUUCUCAGACAAAUCUCGUGAUACUGCUGUCAGUAAAUCCUCAGGUUACAAAGAUGUCCCACUACAGCCCGUCAGCAUCCAAAAACUAUCCAAACUCAGAGAAGAGCACAAGUUGAUGCGAAACCAGAGUAUAUCUAAGUUGCCAGAAUUAAGUGAAGCUGCUGAACAGGAAAAAGGAGGUCCUCCAGUGUCUCCAACAGUAAACAGUGGUGAUGAGUCUAAGGAGAAGUCAGAUGCCACGCCACAUAUUUCUGAUGUGAUGUUGCGGAAACUUAAACUUCACAGAGGUUUACCAGGCUGCGCUCCUCCACUUACUGAGAAAGAGGUUGAGAAUGCAUUUGUUCAGCUGUCACUGGCCUAUCGCAAUGACAACUACACUCUGGAGAUGCGGCUCAAACAGGCUGAAAGGGAGAGGAAUCUGACAGAGGAAGACACUGAGAAGGAACUGGAGGAGUUUAAAAACGCCCUCAAGGUUACAUCCCCACAAUGGCAGAACAUGGAGCAGCGUGAGGCCUACCAGCGUUUGAUCGAAACAGUGUCGGUACUGCAUCGAUUGGCCACAAGAUUGUCCAGCCGGGCAGAGAUAGUGGGUGCAGUACGGCAGGAAAAGCGUAUGAACAAGGCAACAGAAGUCAUGAUGCAAUACGUUGAAAAUCUGAAAAGAACUUAUGAGAAAGACCAUGCUGAGUUGAUGGAGUAUAAAAAGUUGGCAAACCAGAAUUCCAAUCGAUGUUAUGGGGGCUCUGUAGACACAGGAGAUGAUGGAGUUCCACGGUCAUCAAGAUCCAUGUCUGUCACUCUUGGUAAAGCACUGCCCAGGCGCAGGGUGAGUGUGGCUGUGGUGCCGAAGUUUAAUCUCCUGAACAUCCCGGGUCAGAACCCCUCGACAGCCGGACCAGGCCCCAGCGUGGGACUGUCCGCUGGUGCCGCACUUCCUGUCCUGUGUGAAGCCAAUGAUCCAAAAGUCACUCCUGCACCCACAGAUACACCGCAGUCAGGAGCUGAAUGUGGAAAGAGUGCUCCAGACCAGGAAGGUGAGGCAGCCAAGCCUUCAGUCAACAUCGAGGAGCUGAGGGCGGAGAUCAGAGCUGAACUCAAGGCGAAGAUUGAGGAAGAGGCCUACAAUAAAGGAUUACAAGAGGGCUUAAAACAAAGCAAAGCCCAAGAAGAGAAACCUGAGGAAGAAAGUGUCUCAGACAUACUACCUCUGGAAGUGAAACAUAAAGAUGAAGAAAGUGGGAAGAAGAUCACACCCAAUAGGAGCAUGGAGGAAAUCUUUGAUUGUCUCGGGCGGUUUUGUCCCAGAGUCUCUUGGAGCAAACGGCUUCUUUUGGUUGUCCUAAUGUUUGUUCUGCUCAUGUGCCUGGUCAUCAGUAUAUUUUCCUUCUUCAAAAACUACUACACUCGCCGUGAUGAUACAUAACCAGACAGGCCCGUCAAGUACAUGGAUUUAGUAGAACAACCAAAGCUUUUUGAUGUCAUAUCACCACACUUACGGACUCACUUGAAUUUAGUUCUGGUUUUCUAGAAGUGGCUCGUUUAUAGACUGACAAGCCUUUUUGAAAUGGGAAAAUUGCAGAUUGUCUUCUGUUGUGGAAGAUAUUCGCCAGGGACCAACUCUGUAGUGAGAUUUGAGAAAUAUAUUUAAAUGUAUUGCUUGCUAAAACUUUUCACCUGUAAAAUUAGGGCACCUAAUGUGACUUAAAAUAUAUUGAGUUCUAUUUAAUUUGAUCAAUAGUACUAGAUAAUAUAAUAAUGAUGUUUAUUGUUUUGUCUUGUAAUUUCGUAUUUAAACUUUCAUUGUAACAGCACAUUCCUAGUUCUAAGGUGCAAUACAUAAAAGUGGGUGGUAGUUAUUUCAGUUAUUUUGGAUUUUGUUUUCAGAUCACUGAAAUGGUUGUUCACGUGGAACCUCUAGAGGACAAAAUACUCCCCUAAUCUAAGCACAAGUUUGCCUAAUUUUGAGUUUUUGUGAUUAUUAUGUUCUGACACCACACCUUAAAAUAAAGGUGCCUUAAAAUGUUGUGUAA